GGGGUCAUUGCGUCCGCCGGUGUGACGGGCGGGUGUCAGUGUGACUGGUGACGGCUGGAGGGAGAGGAGGAGGAGGAGGAGCUGUUGGUGUUGGAAGUUGUUCUUUCCUGUUCCGCCGCCGCAGCCGCAUUUCAGACCCAGUGAUGGAGGGCGGCGCUGAGCCGCUGUCCCCCCGCGAGGAGGGAGAGCUGGAGGACGGCGAGAUCGACGACGAUGACAACGACGAGAACCUGUACCCGAGCGCCCGGCCCGUCCCGCUCCCGGUCCCCGCCCCAGUCCCGAUCCCUGUCCCGGCCUCGACGCCGAAGCCCAGGCCCCGGCCCGGGUCUGGCAAAAGCGACGGUCCCUUCCAGAAGCCCCGGAGGACCGCGAACCGCUUCCAGCCGACGCCGGGCUCCGGCAACGGCCUCCCGUACCGCCUGAAGGAGCCGUUCAGGGGCUUCGCCUCGCAGCACCCGGCCUCCUCCUCCUCCUCCUCCUCCUCGCUGCUCCCGCCGCCGGCCAUGCUCGGCGACUCUCCCCGCUCCAGCUUCUGGGAGCGGAGCCACGGCACCUUCGACCGCUUCCGUUUUCGAGAAGGUUCGAGCGGCGGCCGCUGGGGCAGAGGGCGCGGCUGCCCGGGGCCCGGCGACUUCGGGCCUCGAGGCUGCAAGCGGGGGAGGCCGGGCCCCGCGCCCGUGGCCGCCUUCAACAGCCUCCGCCGGGAGUCGCCUCCCAGGAAACCAAAAUUCUUGAUGCGGUUACCAUCAAGACGACCGCCAAGCUACUCUUAUAGAAAUGAUCAAGACAUGGAAGAAACCUUUGAGGAACUGCUUAAGAAAUACAAGGAAAUUCAGCUGGAACUGGAAUGUCUUAGUAGAGAAGAGAAGAUAUCUCUGUGUACUAAGGGAGAAAAUGUACAGGAGGAAGAAACAGACAUUGUGAGUGGUGAACACAGUAUUGAUGCCAACAGUAUUGACAAGAAUAGUACUCAGAUUUCAUCUUCAACUGAAAAUAUACAGUCAAAAAUUUUCCAGGCAUUUGAACUGAAACCUAUUAGGCAAAAGCUGCUUACUCCAGCACAAAUGGAUCAAAUUAACCAGACAAAGGAAGAAUUGGAAACCGAGUCUAAAGCAGAUGGUGAAGAUAACGAUCCCAACCUUUCAAACAACAGGGAGUCUGAGGAAUUUCUCCUUAAGGCUAAAGAGGAUGAUGAGGAUGAGGGGAAGGAAGAGGAGGUAUCAGAACUCCAGUUGCGACUGCUCGCUCUGCAAUCUGCGAGUAAAAAGUGGCAACAGAAAGAACAACGUGUGAUGAAGGAGAGCAAGGAAAAGCUGAUGAAGCCGAGAAUGAAAACUAGCCCUAAAGCCCAUUCAGUCAAGAAACCUCUAAGUACAGUAGUUGCUACAAAGCAGGUUUUGCGAAGGCAGAAGACCAGAGCUUGGAAAAAACUGCAGCAGCAGAAAGAACAGGAAAAGCAACGACGAGAAGAAGAAGAGAGGAAACAAAUUGAAGAGGAAGAACGGAGAAAGCGCGAGGAUGAAAUUCGGAAAAUUCGUGACCUCUCAAAUCAGGAAGAACAGUAUAAUCGGUUCAUGAAACUUGUGGGAGGGAAAAAACGAUCGAGCAGCAAGUCCACAGAUGCAGAUUUCAGAAAAUCACAGGAUAAGCAGAUCGAUGAAUCAGGAAAUCUGUAUCAGUAUGACAACUAUGAAGAGGUUGCUAUGGAAACAGAUAGUGAAACUAAUUCACCAGUGUCCUCUCCAGUGCCUCCUUUCUUCUCUACGGAAUAUCAGUUGGGAUAUUUUGUUCCGAUGCCACCAUUGCCGAUGUAUUUACAAUAUCAAAAUAUGGAUACAUAUUUGCCUCCUCCAUUGGAGCCCCCACCACCCCCACCUCUCCCUCCAGAGGAGCCUGAGCAGCCGCCCAAACCACCAUUUGCUGAUGAGGAAGAGGAGGAAGAAAUGCUUCUUAGAGAAGAGCUAUUGAAGUCUAUAGCAAACAGGCGUGCCACAAAACCAGAGGAUGCAACUGAUAACUGUGAUUCACUGUCUCUUUCUGUUGAUAACUCUCAAUCUGCACCAUUGAGCAACAUUUCCAUUGUUACUUCCCAACCACGAGCCCAAAACACAAAGUUUGUGAGAGGAUCUCAAGCACCUCCACGGCAAAUGAUCAUGAUACCUAGACACAAAUCCGUAGUUGUGAGACUGGACGACUCUGAUGAUAGUGACUCGGAUAAUGAACAAUCCAAUCUGAAUGUAGGUGUUUUGGGAGGUUUGGAGUCCAUGAUCAGAGAAGCCAGAAGAACUGCAGAGGCUUCAAAAUCAAAGCCCAAACUUAAAGCAGAGAAGGAAAAUGUCCCUGCAACAACCGCAGGAAGUCUGCCAGAAGGAGGAAGAAAAGAACAUAGACUCUUAAAAGCAGAUAUUGUGAGCCGUGAGAAGCAGCGAUUGUUAAAGACUGAUAAAGUCAUCAGUCCAUCAUUAGGUCACGUAGAUGUGGAAAUGGAUGUUAAAGAGAAGCUAGCACUGGCCAGUAAACAGCUAUUAGAAGUUGAAGACCAACUGAGAAAACACAAACUCCUAUUGACAAAAGAUGAAACUCUCUUGUCAAAUCUCCUGCAACAAGUAGCAAAGAAGAAAGAAGCACUGCGGCAAGCAGAAGUCAAGUACAUUAAGCAAAAAGAGCAGCUGCAGACAGCAGAGAAAAUUGUCAAUGCCAAUAGAAUGCUUCUCAAAAAACUUCAGGAGCAGGUACAUAAAGUGCAGCAUCGAGUACAAGUGAAGAAAAAAUUGGCAUUAAAAUUUGGGGAAGAGCUUGCACGAGCAAAAGCAAUCGCCAGUCGUGAAGCAGGAAAGCAUAAAUAUGAACUGGUAGAAUUUGGAUCCAAUAAGUCUAUCCAAUUAGAUGCGUCAUAUGCAGCAACUUUGAAGAAACAAUCGUUUGAGUAUAUAGCAAAGGAGAAGAAACGGUUGCAGCAACUUGAAUAUGAAUAUCGACUGAAGAUACAAAAACUAAAAGAGGCACAAGCUUUAAGACAUGCUGGGUUACCCGAUAAUCUGCCUGGUGUUGAGCAAGAGCCUGCCUUUGUGGUGCCACAACCUUCUCUGCAUGACCUAACCCAAGAUAAACUUGUUCUUGACUCGGAAGAAAAUGACGGAGAGGAUGAAGUGCAGUCUCCAUCGCUAAGGGAGCGAAGGAGGUCUUUCCGAGAGUCAAACUCUUUCACUAAGCCAAAUUUAAAGCACACUGAAGUAACUCUGGGGAAAGAGAGUGUAACCAAACCUGCAAAGAAGAGCUUUGAUGAGCCUGAACUUUUUCUUGGACUCAACAUUGAUGAUCUUAAAAACCUUCAUGCAGAGCGUGAUGAUUUGAAAAUGUUGUUGGAAAAAACAGUAGCUUUCAUGUCUUCAAAUGAAAAACCUGUUUAUGGCCAGGAGAUUCCUGUGGAUCUGGAUGCAGUGUUAACGCUGUCGAGACACGUUGACUUAAAACCAACGCCAUUUGGACCAUAUAAUAGUCCUCUUCUGGUCUUCAAAUCUUACAGAUUCAGUCCGUACUUUCGCAACAAGGAGAAACUUCUCAUCAGUUCAGUUUCCUACAGUAACUUGAUAGAGGCCAAGCAAUGUUUCUGCCGUUUUGAUUUAACGGGUACCUGCAACGAUGAUGAAUGUCAGUGGCAACACAUGCGAGACUGCACUUUGAGCCGAAACCAGCUUUUUCAGGAUCUUCUUUCAUAUGAUUUAUCUCUGGUUGGAUGUACAGAUUCAAGUACAGAUGAAAAGAUUAGGAUUGCAGCAGAAAAUUAUGUGGACAAGCAAUUUGGUAAAAACAAAGAUCGUAUGACUACUGAUGAGAUGGCUGUUUUGCUCGUCAGCAAAGUAAAUGAGAGUUCUGGCCAUACACCUCCUUUCACAACGUUCAAAGACCGAAGGAAAUGGAGGCCAAAGCUUUUAAGAAAGCCAGUUUCUGAAUGCAGUACCAGUAGCAACAGUGACGACGAACAAAAUUCUGGAUCAAUAAGAUAUGCUAAGACUCUUGAAAAUCCAUGGUGUAAGACGCAAGCUUUGGACACAGUUAUUACUCCAGAUGAUGUUCGGUAUUUUACAAUGGAAACGGAUGACAUUGCCAAUUUAGAAACAAGUGUGACAGAUAAUCCUCAAGAUGUGCAGCUUUGGAUUAAACUUACAUACAAAUAUAUGAAUCAGAAGGAAGGGUCGCCGACAGAAUGUCUGGAUUCCGCGUUGAACGCUUUAGCUCGAGCCCUUGAAAUUAAUCGAGGAAAUCCUGAGAUUUGGUGCCAUUACCUCAACUUAUUCUCAAAGCGUGGCACAAAGGAAGAGGUGCAGGAAAUGUGUGAGACUGCUGUACAAUACGCUCCUGAUUACGAUGUUUGGUGGACUUAUCUUAUGCUGGAGAACUCGUUUGAUGGAAAGGACUACGUGUGUAGCAGAAUUGUGCAGUUCCUCACCGAAACAGUAGAGGGAUCCCAAAAAACAGAACUUCUUUCCUUCCAGCUGCUUGAAUCCCUCCUUUUUCGGGUACAAUUAAGCCUGUUUAUUGGAAGGCAACAGAAUGCUUUGGCUAUCUUCCAGAAUGCUUUGAAAGCCUCUGAUGGUAACAGAAGUGUGGCCGAAUAUUUGACUGCAAAUGAUUGCUGCCUGGCAUGGCUUGCCUACAUUCACCUCAUUGAGUUCAACAGCCUCCCCAAUCGAUUCUUCAAUCCAGCUACUGCCAUUCCUUCUAAGAUGGUAAAUAAGGAAGAGUUCUUGGUCCCUUGGCAAACAUCAAAAGACAUAAAGACCCAUCCUGACACAUUACUUGCAUUGUUUGAAGACGCUGUCCACAAAUGUUCUGAUGACAGUCUUUCAGUGGAGGAGAGGAUCAUUGUGUGUCUUCCAGUUUACCGAAAUAUGAUUGUAGCCCAAAAGCUACUGGGAAGGUGGGAAGCUGCUGAGGAUCUUUGCAAGGCACUCCUACAGUCCUGCCCAGCCUGCUACAAGCUUCUUGAACUGCUUGCUGACCUCUAUUUAGAAAGAAGUCAGACCGAUGAUGCUGUGAAUGUAUGGCUUCAUGCAUUUCGAAGGAACCCUCACAAUGCUCAUUUUUUCUAUUAUACAAUCAAGUUCUUCAUUUCAGUGAAACGAUUGGAUAUCAUUCCUGGUCUGUUUCAAGAAUUUAUCAUGUCUUUCUUUGACGAGGAUGCCUCUGAACACCAACCUGCAGAUAUUUUACGCCACAUCCUGAACUAUCCCAUGCCUUAUGACUUCAGAGCACCGUCACAAAAGGAACUGUUGAAUGGGGAGUUACUGAAUACACAGAUCCCCUAUCUGUGGCUAAUCUUCUGCCUGUGGCAAUCUAUUAAUGCAAGCACAAGUGAAACUGUGGACACCUUUGAAGCAUCUCUGGGCAUAGUUAUGCAGCAUGAAGUAGUUCAGAAAAUCUGGAUGGAUUAUCUUGUUUUUACCAGUAGCCAGCUCAUUGGAUCCAAGAACAAGAUUCGAGACUUUAAACUGUUUACUGACCUGGUAAAUAGAUGCCUGGUCACUGUACCCACUAGAUUGCCUAUCCCAUUCAGCUCUGCCAAUUACUGGACCAAUUAUGAGUUUCAUAACCAGGUGGUUUCCUUUUAUCUGAGCUGCCUCCCUCAAUCUGAACAUUCCAAAGCCUUGGAGAGAUUCCGGUCCAUUAUGCCUUCUAAUGCAGGACUGGCAUUGAGGAUACUUGAGCAUGAAUGGAAAGAGGGCAAUAUCCAGCACCUCAAGUUUCAAUCCAAGAUGUUUACACAGUGCCUCCCAUCCUGCUUGCCAAUUUGGAAAAUAGCCAUUGCCGUUGAAACCAUGUUAAAGGGCCAGAAUGAAGUUCGACAUCUUUACCAGAGAGCUCUCCAGAAGUUACCCCUUUGUGCAACACUUUGGAAAGAUCAACUCUUGUUUGAAGCUUCAGAAGGAGGUAAAACUGAUAAUCUCAGAAAACUAGUUACCAGGUGCCAGGCGAUUGGCGUCAGCUUAGAUGAGCUCUUAAAUUUAAGCCCUUCCCAGAACAGAGGGCAGUGAUACAGAGCAUAAAAAUCUUUCCACGUCCCCCUCCAUAAAGAGAGGUGGCACUUCAAGACUUGGCUGCUCUCUAGCUGACGUCUGCAAAUGCAGAUAAUAAUCAGUGGCAAAAUACUUGCCGACCGGCUCUCUACUACGUGGUCAAAAUCCUUGGGAGUUUACCAACCAGCCACCCAAAGCAAGAUCAAUUGACUCCUACUUGGCCUCUGUCUGGGCCCUGUCAGAUUCACGUAACAUCACGUCCGUAAGUAUGGUACCUCAAAAUGAUGAAUCUUUUUUCUUUCUUCGUGUUGUGUUGUCUUUACUCUUGACACUCAAACUGAUGCAUGUAAAAUUGGCUCUUUUAGUGCAGUUUUAUGCACUUGGAAUAGAACAAUUAGACAUUUUUAUUUUAUUUUUCUCUUUAAACCUCUGUUGAGAUUCUUUAUUGCAGGUUUUCAAAAGCAGCAGGUCUCAAAAGAAAAGUGUUACUGCCAUGGUGCCAAGUCUGAAGUGACUGGCUGCCAGGUGAAGAUUCCAGGAGGGGGCUACAUUACUGCCCUUUCUUGUGUGUUCAGUGGACUUGCUGCUGCAGGGACUCUUUGUUUUGUGUCUGUAACAUACUUGAAGACAAAACCUCCUGCAGUGGGAAAGUUGAAACGCUAAAAUUUAUGCAUGUCAGUGCAUCAGUUCUUGAGGCUGGUCAAAAUUUAUGUGCAAUCUUGUUUUGUGGAAAUUUAUUUAUUUUAUGGUUAAAGAUAAACUUGAGAGUGAAAAGUAUUUGACAAAUAAAGUUUUGUACUAAA